AUGUCUUUGAUCGGUAUCCAGCGCAGGUGUAGAUUUUAUCUACUAGGCCUAGCAGGUUUAAACAGGUUUUCCAAGGGAUCAAGAGAGUACAUUCAAGCAGGUAUAGUUCACGUUGGGCCUAACAGAUCAUUCGAUAAACAGAUCGAUCCGCGUUUAGCAAAAUUAGAUCAAUCUUCAAGAGGACCACUGCAAACCCAAACAAUUCCAGUUAGUAUGUUACGUAAAGCUAAUCCAAACCUAAGCGUUUUGAAAUCUUCAGAAAAGCCAAUGGUACAUGAAAUUCCACCUCGUAUCAAAGAACCAUCGACAGCAGCAAGACCUUCACCAGUAGUUGCUAUUCCUUCUGAACCUCUUUUUGAAGAUAUUACUAUCGAUCCGCGUUUAGCAAGAUUAGAUCAAUCUUCAAGAGGACCUCCGCAAACUCAAACAAUUCCAGUUACCGUACCACCAAUUAGAAUUGCUACUGCUGACCCUAGGGUAUCUCCUACUACUUUUACUCUACCAGAUAACAACCUUUCUGUAGUAGAAGGAGUUGAGAGCUUUUACCGUGAUCUAAGAGUUAAUGGAUUUGGUAGAAAUCCAAGRGAUCCAAGAAAUCCUCGUAUGUCCAUUGAUCCAGUAAUCGCUAAACCUACUCCUCCUGUACCAGUAGAACCUUCUAUCUUAACAAGCAUGUCCUAUCAUAUAGUAGCAGAUUUUACAGUUCCACCACUACCUGUGGUUGUUACAAAUACGAAUAACGGUUUACCUUCUACCACCGCUCUUACCACAUCUACAAAUACUCCUACUUCCAAACUUAUGGUGGGAAUGUCGCCAGCAGGUAUUAUACCAAACAGUGCGUUGAAUAAAGAAAAG